UGAACAUGACAGCUGCCAUCGUUAUGUGUCAAAUGUUGUAAAUUGUUGCUUUUACCAACAAUCGUCUGUAGCCCCGCGAUAAAUUAAUGCAGUUUGAGUUGCGAAGAUCAUGUCAAGUCCUCACGAUGAACUCUGUCCACCUCCGACAGACGAUGACGAGCUAACGCUACCACGAGCCAGCAUAAAUAAAAUAAUUAAGGAAUUGGUUCCGUCGAUCCGCGUCGCGAACGAGAGUCGCGAACUUAUCCUCAACUGCUGCACUGAAUUCAUCCAUCUCAUCAGCUCCGAGGCGAAUGACGUGUGCAACUCGCGUAACAAGAAAACCAUAAACGCGGAACAUGUCCUGGAAGCCCUCGAUCGUCUUGGCUUCCGCGACUACAAGCAGGAGGCGGAGGCAGUGCUGAAUGAUUGCAAGGAAGUAGCCGCGAAGCGCCGCCGUCAGAGCACCCGCUUGGAGAAUCUCGGGAUCCCAGAGGAGGAGCUACUGCGCCAACAGCAAGAAUUAUUUGCAAAGGCGCGGGCAGAGCAAGCUGCCGCGGAGCAGGCUCAAUGGUACAGUAUGCAAGCAGCCGCUGGAAUGGAAGGUGCCGACCAGUAUUGGCGAAAUUUGAAGAAGGCGCAAGGAGAUGACGACGACGAAGAUGACUAUUGAAAGCAAACUUUCAACUUUUCAUGUCUUUAUUUUUAAAUGAGGGAAAUAAAAUACACAUCACUAAAAAA